AUGCCGGGAAAAACGAGGAAACCCUCUAUCGAAGAAAAGCUGAAACAGAAUAUUGAAUUUUUAGAUGCACUACUGGCGGAUCUCCAAGCUACAAGUCCCACAGUUUCCGCAUCGCCGACGGAAUCCAGAGGCAGACAAGCAUCGAAUGGACGAGAAUCGCCCGACAACCCGCCACCUUUGCCUCCUCCUCCCUCGUUCGAAGCUCUCGAUCCUCAUGGAUCGAAUCCCAAGGACGAUAUACUGUUCCCUCCACCUGUUCCUUCAUCGAGUUUGGGUCAAAAUCUUUCCGAGUUGGACAGUUUAUUGGAAAAUUUGAGCAACCCAAUACAUUAUCCUUCUGAUCCUACAGGUAAGUCCAAACGAAGUUUGAAAUUUACUAAAUUUACAGAGCCCCAAGUUUGAAAUUAAAUAAUUUUUCAUUUUAUCCUUUUUUGAUUAUUAUUAGUAAGAUAUUUCAAGGUCAAAUAAUCCCCUCUUGGUCGUGUGAUUGCCUUGCCUUUGAUUUAAAAUGUACGUUACUUGUGGUUGAUUUCUGGUCAGUUUUGAGUAAUCGAAAAAGCCCUUUCGUUUAUUUUUCCAUUCUCAAAACAAUACAGAGCUAAAUAGAAGAGCGAGAUCACAGUGUGUUCACAAAACCAGUAAAUUUUGCAUUUGAAAUUUAUAAGAGCAAAAGCAAUGAAUGAAUGUUUGCUCAGUUUAUCCAAGUGUAAAUAUUUUCCAUGGUCUUGAUCAUUGUAGCACGACCUAGGGUAAAGGACUUUGCAAUUUUUCGACAAACUACAUGUAAAUAAUGGUAAUUGAAAGAAAGGACAUUGGCAGCUGUUGUCCUGUGUCAGUAGGCUCUCUUUCUUACUUUCUUUUUCUUUCUCCCUUUGCACCUUGCAGCUGGCCUAUGUUAAUUCAAUAAUCACCAUUAUUAUUAUUAUAAUAUUUAAUUGAAGAUAUUUCUAACCAUUGGAUGUAAAAUUACAAUCUGGCCUGUCAUAUCUUGAAGUAAAUAAGGAACAGAAAAUAUAUUUGCAAUUUUCUUGUGUAGAAACUUGGUUCUAAGGAAGAAUUAUUAACAUGGUUUUAAUUAUCAUCAAAAGAGGCAAAAUAGGGAAUUAAGGUAAUCUUGUAAUUGUAUAGUUUGCUAAAAUGUUAUCAAAGGUUAAUAACUAGGUUUUAACCUGCUGCAGUUUAUUGGGUAUUUUAUAAAUUUACAGUUUAAAAUGUAAAAAUCUGCCUGAUGCAAAACAAAAAGCUACCCCCUGAUGGGAACAUGAAAUAGUAAUCUCAAUGUUGUGAGUUGUUCAGUGAACAUUUCUUUAAGAAUUCUCUUCUAGAGUCUUUAAAUUUCUUCCAUUUCUGGCAUUGUUUAGAUUCAUAUCAAUUGGAAUUGCUUAAACUAAAAUAACAGAAGCACAAUGUAGAAUGGCUAUAAAUGUAUGUUAAUCUGUACAGAAUUUGAUUGUUUCAAUUCUUUUGUUUGGUAGUGCUUGUGGUUUCCAAAGUCCUGUUAGAUAAUAAAUAUUUUUAUUGCAUGUGUUUUUAAGUGGAGUGCACGUGCCAAAAGAAAACAGAUGAGAUGCUUGUUUAUUUACAGGAAGAAGUUUUAAGUAUGAAAAUAAUCUCAAAUUAUACAAUUUUGGUACAUUCCAUUGACUUGUCUUCUAAAAUGAGAACUAAAGUCAAGUUGUUCGUAUGUUUUUUUAAACUUGGUUAAAAUUGAAUAAAUUAUUUAAAACCCUCAUGAUUUACAUCUGCAUUCAUGUGUAUUAUCUGCUGUGCAAAACCUACUUUUCAUCUUGAUAUUGCUAAAUUUGUUACCAUCUUUGCAAUUUAGUUUUUGUGUAUUUUAGUAUGACAAUGAAGAAAAUUGCAACAAGUUUGGUGUUGCAUUUUUUAAAAAUAUUUUGAAACAAAACAAGAAAUUUAAAACUGAAAGACACCAUGUAUCUCAUAUUUUGCUUUAUGGCACAAUCAUCGCAAUUCUUUGUCAUUGCUCUUAUUUGAAAAACAGAGUUAACCCUUAAGCUCAGAAGUGAUUAACAUGAAACCUCUCUCUAUAAUAUUCUUACAUUACCCAGCAAACAGGUUGCGAGAAUACUCAAACUCAUCAGGUAGAAGUUGCUAUCUUGAUCUAACACCAAAUUCAUAUAACUAAUUUACAAGGAAAUGUGAAGCAGCUAGAGGGGAGAAUUAACAUCAAGAUCUUGGGAGUUAAAGGGUUAAGCCUAUAGAAAUUAAUUAAGCCUAAAUUUGCAGUGAAAGUUGCCAAUUUGGUGACCUGUGUUUGGUAGUGAUACAGCUAGCUGUCAGGUUUUUAUUAUUUACUUUUCUGAGUUGAAAUGAAAUACACAUUUGUAUGCAAUGUAGUUUGUGUUUAAUUCUCGAGGCUGGUGUUACAUUUGGGCCAUUUUGGUCUGUUGUUUUGAUCUCUCUUCUUUCUUUAUUUACAAGGCAGACAAGGAUAAGAGUUGUUUUAAUUGUCAUUUUCUAUGAUAUGAUAUUGUAAUGACUCUGAAGUGCAUGCAAUAAUUAUUUCUUUUUCAUUGUCUCUUUAGCCAAGCGAAUAAGUGCUGGAUCACCAAGAGGAAGUCCAACGUCACCAUCACCAAAGCCAGCCAUUAAUGGUCGACCAGCAAGCUACAAGGGUCCUAUGAUGUCCCCCACCCAUGAUAACAGGCCAGGUAGUGCAGUGUAUUGUAGCUGUACAUGUAUUGACAUUAAAUUUUUGCAUGUAGAAAAGAACAACUAAAUUUACGUUCUUGUUGUAAUGCAAAAAUCUAUGGAAAAACUGUGUUGAAUGAAGAAAUUCCUGUCAACAAAUACGAGAAAAAGAUCAAUCAUAUGUCAAAGUUGGUAGAAAUGAUAUUCAUAAUAUUAAAAGUGCUAAAAUUGUGGGUAAGACUUUGAAAUAUUUUCCAUUGAAAUGUUAAUAGUGAAUUUACGUUUGAUGAACAGUGGAUGAAGAAGACUUCUCAAGACUCAACUUUGGAUUUCUUUUGAUUUCUUACAAAAAACUUUUUUCCAAAAUUCAAGCUGCUAAAUUCAGAUUGCAGCUUAUUUGUGGGUUUUUACAGUAAAUGGUUUCUUUUAUGCUGUUUUUAUAUUUCACAGAUACCUCAUGGAAUUGGUACUAUGCUCAGAUAACACAGUGCAAAGUUUAGAAAACUAAAAGCCAAAAGACUAGAAAAUGAAACAAUAGUGGAAUAAUAAAUCCCUUAUUAAAUGUACAUGUGUGAUACGAGUGGACAUUUUGCUUAUUGUUUCUAUUUUCCCUGCCUCUACAGGGCCCAGAAAUUUACUUUGCAACUUGCAAAAUAUCCACGCAUUUUAUACAUGUUAGUUAAACCACCAAUUGAGGUUUACUGUUUAUACUUGGUGUGUAACAAAUGGACUGCAAAAGGAAUUGAAGAAUUUCUCCCACAGGCUGCUUUUAGGGUUUUGCACUGUUAAACAAUUUUCAUAUUUUGAUUAUUCAGUUGAUGGACAUUACAGAGAAAGAAAUGGACCUGAAAGUCCCAUGGCCCAAGUUAAUACAUCUCAUGUUUUCAACCCGGCUCCUCUGCGCAACCAAGUCCAGCAAACCAGGGACUUAGAUAACAGACAGUCACGAACAGCAUCAACAGCCACCAAAGAGCUGGAUGACUUGAUGGCAUCAUUGUCAGACUUUAAAGUCAAUGUUAGUACAGCUCCCACUCCAUCGCAGUCCAGGCUCAGUGGGGAUUAUGCAAAGCCAACUAAAUCAAAACAGCAACUUCCUUGUAUGUGGUGAAUGUUUACAUGUAUCACUUUUCACCUAUUUGUUGAGAUGCUCUUGUUAAUGACUGCAAAAACACGUUUAUGUUUUUAAACUUUUUGAUGAUUGCUGAAGUGGUUUUCCUAUGUCAGUAGUAAAAUCCAAGACCACUGCAAGUUUUCAGAAUCUCUUAUAAGGGCUUUUGCUUGUAGUUGGCCAAAACUGUCUGCUAGCUUUUAUAUCCCAUAAAUUACCAGUGCAAUUUUUGUUCAUGGUUGUAGUCUCAAGAAACCCAUCUGUGACCAAGAGUGACCAAAUAGAAUUUCACCUUAAAAUAUCAAUACCAUAUCAAGCAGAGAAGUGACGAGAAUAAAGAAAUAUAUAAUUUAGGGGAUUAUUAGUUGACCCAAUGGCAAAUUCUCCAAACAAAAAUCAUGAAAAUUGUAUUGCAGACAGCAAGGAAAAUUACCUAUUAGAUCUUGGGAGUGAAAAGGCUAAAGAACCCAUCAGUGAAUCACGAGUGACAAUGAAGUUUGAAGUUUCAAUGAAGAUUAUGUUCAUCACCGAUCAGGGAUGUCAAUAAUUUUGAGUCUUCUUUAGGCAACAAAGUCUAAUUAGACAGGAAAUAUUGAAAUGUCAAUUUUCUAACAUUUAUCAAGGGUGUAAACCAGUCUUAACCCUUUGACCUUUAAGAGUGACUAGCAUCUAAUUUCUCCCUACAAUAUCACCCUUGAAUCACACAUUAAGGUCAUGAGAAUAAUGGAAAUGAUCAACAGGUACAGGAGCUCUUGAUUGUUAAGUGACAAAUUCUCCCUAUCAGCACCUCAGGAAAUGUAUAGAGAAUAGUAUGGAGAAUAUGCAUACUGAUGUUAGGGUGUGAAUUAGCAAAUAGAUUCCAAGUUGCGGUACAUCUGCUCAGUAAUAGAUCACAGAUGACAUCAAAAUGUGGCACAUGAGGCACAGCCAAGUAUGUCACUGAUGUUCUUACCACAUUUUGACGUCCUUUGUGAUCUAUUUCUGAACAGACGCAUGGCAACUUGGAAUCUAUUUGUUUUAUAUGAUAAAGAAUUAAAAUAUUGGGGAAAAAAGUUUUAACGAUGAUGUCAUUUAUAGGUCUGUCCUCCAAUAGAUCAUAAGUGAGAACCAAUCAGAAUGCGUGCAUAACUGAACUAUAUAAAGGUUGAUAUACAUCUGGUCUAGUUCUGAUAUCAAUUUUUCUUGUCAUUUUCAGCUGUUGGUAAAGUCAGCCAGCUGGACUCCAUGCUGGGUUCUCUUCAGUCAGAUAUGACCAGACAGGGUGUGAGUACAACAAAGAAAGGAAUGUGUGCAGCUUGCAACAAACCAAUCAUAGGUCAGGUUUGCACUGCAUUGGGUCGCACAUGGCAUCCUGAACAUUUUACUUGUGUUACCUGUGAGGUGGCGUUAGGUGCUACAAAUUUCUUUGAGCGAGAUGGAAAGCCUUUCUGUGAGAGAGACUAUCAUGAGCAAUUUGCACCAAAAUGCGCUUACUGUAAUGGACCCAUUCUAGAUGUAAGUUGUGACUUUGUUCUACAUUUGAUUUAUUUAUUACUGAAAGAGUUAUGUUAGCACUGUUACAACCUUGACCCCCCUAGAAGUGACUACUAUUGUAGUAUGUAACUUUACCUUGCUGUAAUUUCCAACACACAUUAUCCAUUGAGAUGGCUACGAUUUAAAGGAAAAAUUGAUCGCGGGAGAUUAUAUUCAUAUCUACACACUCAUCAAACCAAUCUGUAUCAUUUGGUGUAAUGCUUAACCCUUUCAACUCUUAACCCUUUAACUCCCAAGAUCUCAUCAGUAAUUCUCCUUACUGUCUGCCAUACAGUUCUUAUGAUGUUAGGUUAGAGAAUUUGGUAUUGAAUCAACUUUCAAUUCCCUAACUGAUAUUUUUCUUUAUUCUCAUUACUUGGCUGCUUGAUAUUGUAUUGAUAUUGUAAGGAGAAAUUCUGUCUUGGUCACUUUUGGGAGUUUAAGGGUUAAGAGUAACCAACAUCUAAUUUCUCCUUACUGUAAUUUUGCUGAAUUAUUCAUUAAGAUCAUUAGAAUAGAGGAAAUGAUUGCCCACCUAAGAAGCUUUGAUUGUUAAACAAAUUCUCCUUGUCAGUACCAAAGGAAAUGUCUGGAGAACAGUAUGGAGAUUAUGAGUACUGAUGUCAAGGUUUUAAGGGUUUAAGUCUUAACCCUUUAAUUGCCAAGAUCUGAUUGUUAAUUCUCCUCUCUAGCUGCUACACAUUUCCUUGUAAAUUAGUUACGUGAAUUUGGUAUUAGAUCAAGACAACAGCUUCUAACUGACAAGUUUGAGUAUUCUCAUGUCCUGUUUGCUGGAUGAUGUUUAGAGUUUUAGUUACGUGAAUUUGGUAUUAGAUCAAGACAACAGCUUCUAACUGACAAGUUUGAGUAAUCUCAUGUCCUGUUUGCUGGAUGAUGUUUAGAUAUUACAGGGAGAAGUUACAUGUCAAUCACUUUUAGGAGUAAAAGGGUUAAGAGUGAUUCGCAUGUAAUUUCUCCUCACACCAUCACCCCUGAAUCAAAUGUAAAGGUCAUGUGAAGAAAUGAAAUAAACACCUACCCAAGAUGCUCAUGUUUAGAGAACUGUAUUGUGUAAAGUGUUAGAACUCAUUUUCUCUCAUUGUUUUCCCAGUAGAGUUUCUAAUAGAUUUUCAAAUUGACUGCUUUGUUUUCAGUCAUGUGUCACAGCCCUAGACCAGACGUGGCAUCCAGAACAUUUUGUGUGUGCGGCUUGUGGACGGCCAUUUGGUGAAAGUGGCUUUCAUGAGAGAGAUGGGAAGCCUUAUUGUCGUGAUGAUUACUUUGCAUUGUUUGCGCCUCGAUGUGGAGGGUGUGGCCAGCCCAUAGCUGAUAGCUACAUUUCUGCUUUGAGUGCCCACUGGCACUCAGAAUGUUUUGUGUGUUCGGUAAGUUCUUUGCUGGUCUUUUCUACUGUUAUUGUUAUUCUCAAAAAAACAACACUGUAUGGAAAUUCUGCUACCCUCCCCUCCUUUGGAUAGGAUGGCUGAGUGUCUCGAGUCAUCCUUAUUAGUAUACCAGGUUCAGCCUGUUUCUGCAGCAUAAUACCACCAAUCCUCCCCUCCCUCUCCCUUUCCUUCCCCUUCCAUUAUUGUACCAAUAUUGUACCACUAUUUUGCCACCAUUUACUCCCUGAAAACUAGGAAUAACCUCUGCCAACCAGAGCACUCUAUGGUAGAGAUCAUAGUUGGGAGAAGCAUGCAGAAAGUUUGGAAAAUUUGAAGUAGACAUUUGUUCAAAGGCUGCAAGCAUAUAGCUUGGAACAUAUUUAUAAGCAAUUAGAUCCACCCACACUGCCCCAGCGGUGUGAUUGUUGUGUACAGGUAUACUUAGGGGAAUGGGUUAGUUUUUAUGUUGUGUUGGAUCACCCAUCUAAUCUAAAAGACUUUUAAGUACUAAACAUUCUUUCACAAAGUGCCAGCAUAAAAAAAUUCCUCCCUAAACCUAUUUUCAUUUAAAAUCCCUCUAGUUGGUGGUUAUUUUUAUCACCAAUUAUGCACCAAGAAGCCAUCUUCUCUAACAGACUCCUGUAUACACCCCCUCAAUAAUCCCACCUCAAUGCAAACUUCAGUAUUGCUCUUCUGUAGAAACCCUCAAGGGGGCUUAUUUAACCUUUGACACACAAGAGUGACUAGCAUCUAAUUUCUCCUUACAAUAUCACCCCUGAAUCACACACUUAAGUCACAAAAAUAAAGGGAAUGAUCCCAAACUAGAGAAGCUCUUGAUUGCAAAACGAAUUCUCCUUGUCAACACCUUGUGAAAUGCAUAGAAGAUUGUAUGGUGUCUUGGUAUUCUCAUCAUCUCUUUGUCUGCUGCUCUGUCUUGGUUGCAAAGGUAAAUCAACAUUUUAUGACUUUUCUUUUCCUCUCAGGAAUGCCAUCAAGCUUUUCCAGGUGGAAGUUUCUUUGAGCAUGAAGGCCGACCUUAUUGUGAGAUGCACUAUCAUGCCCGCAGAGGCACGCUGUGCUUCAGUUGUCAAAAGCCAAUCACAGGCCGAUGCAUCACUGCCAUGCACCGUAAAUUUCACCCUGAGCACUUUGUGUGUGCAUUUUGCCUCAAGCAGCUCAACAAAGGUACUUUUAAGGAACAGAAUGACAAGCCAUAUUGUCAUCCAUGCUUUGUCAAACUUUUUGGGUAGAUAGUAAAAUAGGAAUGACUCUGUUACAUGUGAGUGGCUGACAGUCAAUAUGUUCAAGUGCAAGUCCGGUAAACUGGGAUGUGUGCCUGAAAUUAGAGAUUAGAUGUAAGCAUCUAUGAUGAAAUAUUGUGAGAUGCCAAAGUUUACAUUAUUGACCCUGAAACUCCUAGAAGUGAUUAACAUGUAACUUCUUCCUAUAAUGUCCAUACAUUAUACAGCAAAUAAGUGAUAAGAAUAUUUAAAUUUAGUUGGUAGAAGUUGUUAUCUUGAUCUAGCACCACAAUUUUUUUAACUAGUUAACAAAGAGAUGUGAAUUAGUUUGUAGGGAGAAUUAGUAAUUAGAUUUUUGGAGUUAAAGUGUUAAAUGCUACAUGUUACAAUUAACAAAGUUUUCAUGUAAGCAUGUUUUAAAAGAAAUGGAAGGCCAUGUAGAACUUAUCAAACUUUAAGAUAACUUGCUGGCCUAUUUUAAUUUAUUCUAUAUGGAAAGUUUACCAGGAAGCCUUUGCAUGAUGUAAUUAACCCUGUGUUUGUUUGGCUUGCCUGAAAACACAUUGACAGUUGGCCAUUACAGAGUUGUCUAUCUCAUCAGAGAAGCAGUCAUCUCUUUCAAGUUUUGUUUCUUGUAUGUGGUUUGCAUUGCUGAAGAGACUGGCUGCUUUGACACGCUGCACUAGUAAUUUGUGAGAUACUAAGUGAAUUGAAAUUUAGAAUUAUUAUUAUAUUUUUUAAUUAACCCUUUCUCUCUCUGAACCUCAUUAGUAAUUCUCCUUACUAUCUGCCAUUCAAUUCUCAUGAUGUUCAGUCUGAGAAUUUGGUGCUGGAUCAACUGAUAAUUGUCUUGUUGAUAUUUUUCUUUAUUCUCAUCACUUGUCUGCUUGAUAUUGUAAGGGGAAAUUCUGUCUUGGUCAUUAAUAAAAGUUACAGGGGUAACCUUUUCUCUCCCUGGAGUGACCAAAAAUGAAUUUCCUCCUGCAAUAUUACAUUUUCAAUCAGGAAGGUGAUUAGAGGAAAGUAAAAUAUCAACUUAAGGAUGUUAAUUGAUUAAAUACCAUUUUCUCCUCGCUAUAAUUUUAAGAAAUGCAUGGCAGACCGUGUGGAGAAUUUAUAUUUAAAUCUCUGGAGUGCAAGGGUUGAAAUGUCUAACUACAUAAGCAUGUUAUAUUUGUUGCAAACUAAUUGCUUUGUAUAGGAGGUGAUGGCACGGAAAUUUUUUGUAAACCAUUUCAGAGAACUUUUUUUGUAAAAUGCUGUUAUUUUGAGAUAAAUUUAGAAACAUUAUUUAAUCUUUCGCUUUUUGGGGAAGAGCAUAAUGUUAUUUCAAAUGGAAUUGUUACAAUUAUUUUUGAGCCACAAAAAGUUAACUUGAAAAGCACUAUUUGUUCCUUUGAGCAUUUCAUACUUCCAAGAGCCAUUAGGCCGGUCAUUUAAACUAAGUUUAGCCGUUGUUUUACAAAGCCUCGUUCCAAGCCAUCUCCAAUUUGACCAAACCUUUAAUACGAAAAUUUAUUUUUAUGAAAAGUGUCAAGAGGGCCGGCCGAAAGCUCUAAGUUUAAAUCAACCUAGUUAGAAAGAAUCCCGGAGGCCCGAUGCUUGCGUGAAACCGCGGUUUGGAUAAGACGUAGAGAUACGAUACUACGGCCCCUGGUGUCAAAGCCUGAAUUUUUUCCUAGCUUCUUUUCUGUUGCAUAAACUGCAAGUCACUUUUGAGGAUUAUCUCUUCUCUUGACUUCAUCCACAGCUCAAUUGAAAUUUAUCUCGUAUAAAAUUGUGUAUGGUGAAAUUCUGGUUAUUUACCUAACAAAUUAAAGUUAUUUCUUGUGUGGACAAUGUUUCUCCUAAAUGUAAUUAAUUUAUGAAUCAAGUAAGAAUUUAAAAUGUUUAUAAAUAUAUUUUGAAUUGUUCCGACAUAACUAUUUUCUGGAACAUUAUUGCACCAAUGAUUGUUAAUUAUUGUCAAAAGGUAUUGUGGCUAGAAAUCGAAUUCUAAAGAAGAAAAAUUUAAUGUAAAGCCGUCGGAGUAUUUUAGAUGCUGUUCUUUGCUGAGUUUUUCAAAGUAUCAUUUGGUCUUAGCGUCGUAUAAUUGCCGUGGAAAAGUGUAGAUUUAGCAUGCAGGUAUCCUAGGAGAAGUGCUGUUAGGGUAUUGCACGACGCGGCACUUAACUGCGCGAAUGACCAAACUUCAAACAUUUCUUUUUACCUUGCGGUAAUGAGGGUCCCUUUUUUAACGCAAACAGCGAGGUGAAGGUGUGAUAUCAGUUGAGUCUCGGAGAACCGAUUUUAAACCUCGUCACUGGAUUAAUCAAAAUAAGAGGAAAUGCUUAGUCUCUCACGUAUCAUGCUCUCUGGUGCUUCUACUGUUGUCAUGAAAUAUCUAGAACGGUUCCCGUGACAGUCACGCAUUUCAAAUGAUCACGCAAUCCUGAGAAACUGCAGCAUGACACUGCACUGUCGAAAUUCAUAUUCGUCAUAUAAACGUUUACUUCAUUUAGAAAUAGUUAGAGCGUAUCACAAGCACAAGUGAAAUGCUUUAUGUUUAAUAAAGAGAUGUAUUUAGCGUG